GAAAACUCAGUCCGCUGAGAGUUUUCAUAAGAGCCUGCCACAAAAAAUCAGACGAAUUUUAACCGUUAAUACAUAGAUUCGAAAAACAAAACAUCACCUCAAAGCAUGUCGAACCUGAGGAAAUUCAAAGACGAGGAACGUGAAUCCGAAUAUGGUCGAGUGUACGCCGUCUCCGGUCCGGUCGUCACCGCCGAGGCCAUGUCCGGCUCUGCCAUGUACGAACUGGUUCGCGUUGGUUAUUACGAGCUAGUUGGCGAGAUUAUCCGUCUGGAAGGAGACAUGGCCACAAUCCAAGUGUAUGAGGAAACAUCGGGAGUCACUGUUGGAGAUCCUGUUUUGCGUACUGGCAAACCUCUGUCCGUAGAAUUGGGUCCCGGCAUCAUGGGCAGCAUUUUCGACGGUAUCCAACGUCCUCUAAAGGAUAUCGGUGUAAUGACCAGCUCUAUAUAUAUACCGAAGGGUGUAAAUACGCCAGCUUUAUCUCGUUCCGAGAUGUGGGAGUUCAAUCCUCUCAAUGUUCGCGUGGGUUCACACAUAACCGGAGGAGAUCUUUAUGGUGUGGUCCAUGAAAACACUUUGGUUAAGCAACGUAUGAUUGUGGCUCCUCGGGCCAAGGGCACAGUACGCUAUAUUGCACCAGCAGGCAACUAUAAUCUCGAAGAUAUUGUCUUAGAGACGGAAUUCGAUGGUGAGAUCACAAAACACACUAUGCUGCAGGUGUGGCCAGUGCGUCAACCACGUCCCGUAACGGAGAAGCUCCCGGCCAAUCAUCCUCUGUUCACUGGUCAACGUGUAUUGGAUUCACUGUUUCCCUGUGUCCAGGGUGGUACCACUGCAAUUCCCGGUGCUUUCGGCUGCGGCAAGACUGUUAUCUCACAGGCUCUAUCCAAGUACUCCAACUCGGAUGUCAUUAUCUAUGUGGGAUGCGGCGAACGUGGCAAUGAAAUGUCUGAGGUAUUGCGGGAUUUCCCCGAAUUGACAUGCGAAAUUGAUGGUGUUACGGAGUCCAUUAUGAAGCGUACAGCUUUGGUGGCCAAUACCUCCAACAUGCCCGUGGCAGCUCGUGAAGCUUCCAUUUACACUGGCAUCACCUUGUCCGAAUACUUCCGCGAUAUGGGCUACAAUGUGGCUAUGAUGGCUGAUUCGACAUCGCGUUGGGCUGAGGCCUUGCGUGAAAUUUCUGGCCGUUUGGCUGAGAUGCCUGCCGAUUCGGGUUAUCCAGCUUAUUUGGGUGCACGCUUAGCUACCUUCUACGAGCGAGCCGGUCGUGUCAAGUGCUUGGGUAAUCCUGAACGUGAGGGAUCCGUGUCCAUUGUCGGAGCUGUAUCGCCACCUGGUGGUGAUUUCUCUGAUCCCGUCACUUCUGCCACUCUUGGUAUUGUCCAGGUGUUCUGGGGUUUGGACAAGAAAUUGGCCCAACGCAAACAUUUCCCCUCCAUCAAUUGGCUUAUCUCUUAUUCAAAGUACAUGCGUGCUCUAGAUGAAUAUUAUGACAAGAACUUCCCCGAAUUUGUGCCACUUCGUACUAAGGUCAAGGAAAUUUUGCAAGAAGAGGAGGAUCUAUCAGAAAUUGUUCAAUUGGUGGGCAAGGCGUCGCUGGCCGAAACCGAUAAAGUUACUCUGGAAGUGGCUAAGCUUCUCAAGGAUGAUUUCUUGCAACAGAAUUCCUAUUCACCAUACGAUCGAGUGUGUCCCUUCUACAAGACUGUGGGCAUGCUUAGGAAUAUUCUUGCCUUCUAUGAAACAGCACGACACGCUGUGGAAUCGACGGCUCAGUCUGAUAAUAAAAUUACAUGGAAUACCAUUAGAGAAUCAAUGGGUAGCAUUAUGUAUCAGUUGUCUUCAAUGAAAUUUAAGGAUCCAGUUAAAGAUGGUGAACAGAAGAUCAAGGCGGAUUACGAUCAGCUGUAUGAGGAUCUCCAGCAAGCCUUCCGGAAUCUAGAGGAUUAAAGCUGACUGCCAUUAAAAGAGAUUACGAAGCAAACCAAAGAAAAAUUUCAGAAAUACCAAAAACAAAAACCUUUAACGAAAAGAAAACUAAAAAAAAGGAACUUAGGUUAUUAUACGAAUUCCCCCAUUCAAGCUAGUCAUAUACAUAUACAUACAUUACAUAAUGCAUAAUAAGGAUAUUUUCAAGUCAAGUUUUAUUUUUAAGUUUAACAGUUUCCCGCCAGGCAGUGAGGCAGGCGCAGGAUCGGCAACAACAAGAUCAUUGACGAUGAACACGAAUCACACAAGAAGACGAACAAUAAUUAGUCGGUAGCGCAAAAUAACAAAAUAAAAAAUAUAUAAAAUCAAGAAAAAAAAAUUAUAAAGGGAAAAAAACGAAUGGAAAAACAGAAAUGGAAAAUGAAAAAGUUGUCCUUAUAAACCCAGCCAUACAUAUAUUUAUAUAAAUAUACAUAAAUACACAUGAUACUUAUCUAUGUUGAUACAUACAUCAUUUUAAUUAUAGUUCACAACAACAAAAAAAUAUUUUAUUGUUAGUAAAAAUUGAAAAUGAGAAUUCGUCAAAUUUAUAUAUUCAUAAAUAUAUAUAUCUCUUUGUGUUUCCCCCUCUAAAAACCUCUUACCCCCAAAAAUAUUUUCACUUUAAA